AUGCCGCACGUAUACAAGUCUGGCACACAACGCACCAAGACGUCACGAAAGUACCCCGCAAUGUCUUCUCCUCUCAACGUCCAGCCCGCAGCAAAGAAGCGGCGCUUUGAGGGUGCUGAAGAGAGGGCAGCGAUUCGACGUCUCCGCGAAAAAGCUCCUCGCGACAAGAUGUAA